CUUACAAAAUAGCCUCAAAACACAUCGCCAAGCCAACUUGCUAAGUUCUGCCCUCUACCGCUCACGUAUUCAUUGCAGCGCUUUCAGAACAUAGUUGAUACUGUAAUAAUAAAAGUAUAACACCAGCAGAAGAUAGCGCCUGUGUCGCGCUUGUUGCGCUGCUGCGCGGUUAGCCCUCGCGUAGCAGCGAUUUUCUUGAAUUAAGCAUACUUUCAGCACCUAAGCAUGUCAUCCAACGUCCGGCAGCUGAUCAGCCGGCUGAUUCCCCCAGCUCGGAAGCAGUUUGAGCACCUACAAGCGCACCGACGCGAUGUGGUCUGGGGCGACACACAAAUAACGCUUAGAGUGCGACAAUACCCGAAGAGCAAGGACGAGCGUGUGUCCCUAGUGCUGCCAAACUGGCAUCGCGUGCGCCUCUGGAGCGAGGCGCUCGGGCGGAAGGUGGAGCUGGUGAUGACCAAGGACACGCUACGGCACAUCGAGGACAUGGGCGGCCUGGACGCCUACCUCAUCAAAACCCCCGAGUCGCGGCUCAAGAGCAACCCCGCCUCCGCAGUCAAGUGGGAGGUCAUGUCGGCGCUGCGGCGGCGGGAGGCGGCGGCAAUGAUGGCGCGCGGAGGCCGCGGCGGGGCGGCGGGCGGCGACGGCAGCGGUGCCGCGGGGGCGGCGGGGAAAGAGUCGACGUAGAGGAGAGGCUGGACGGCGCGAAGGGGGCCGGACAGCAUUGCUCAGGAUUGCGGACGAUAGCUCAGCCUACAAGGGCCGCCGAAGGCGGUGGCGCCUUGCGGCGCACAGACGGGGCGCGGCUUGCCAUGGUGGCGCAUUGGCCAUGUAUGCCGGUUUCGGCCGGCAGGAAGUGUGCUCGCCUGGAAUGAGGUUGAGGCGCACAAGCGGAGUGCACGAUGGACUCUUAAGGACUGGAGCACUGAGAUCGCAUGACCACUACCUGGCCUGGGUUUCAGCCGCUUAUGGUCCGAUAGAUUUGUGGAACCAGCGUGUGAAGCUAGGAACGAGCAAGGAGUCGUGGUAGCGGCUGUGGGAUUUGCGGUUUGCGACGUGUAGUGCUGGACGCAUGUGCCCGCAUUGCCCGGCUCAGGUAAUGCCGUGCCGUGAAUGCAUGGAGGCAAGUGCCGCGCAGUGUAGCAGGAGCGCCGUAGAAGGCCUUGAUGAUGAGCUGUGGCCACCCUUAGGGUAUGUGGGACUUACGCGCCGUCAGGCCUUCCUCCCAUGCGCAGCGCCUUCAGCACGAUAGGCAAGUGUCGCAAGUGUGUGAGACGAGUGUGCUGGCAAGGGGCCUUCUGGGUGGAGGUGAUUUGUAAGGCAUGAUUGCG